AUGGCCAUCAAUGAGAUGAAAACUUCCAAAUUUGGUUCUCACAAUUGUGAACAGUUCGUUUUGGAGAGUGCGGUUUUCGGUGUCGGAAUCCGCGGCACAGAGCGAAGCCGAAACAAGUGGAGCGGGAGGAUCCGUAGCUUAGAGCUCAUUCGAGGAAUACAAACUCCAACCCAUAAGGUUAAUGUUUUAGCCUUGAGGGUGGAGAAAAAGGCUCAAGUGGCUAUUUUUGCUAUUAAUGAGAAAGAAAAAGCUUUUCAGAAAGCUUCUCGUUACCAAGAAGAAUUAAAGGCUCUUAACAAAUCUUAUAUUGAAACUGAGAAAAAGUUAAAGAAGGUCAAAGACGACUUGAACACUGAAAAAGUUACCUAUGAUGCAUUUAAAAAGAAUCAUCAAGCUAAAGUUGAAUAUUUGGUUGAUAAAAUUUCUAAGCUGACUACGGAAAAUUCCACCUUACAAGAAUAUUAA